AUGGCCAACCCGGCUUUUGCCGGGGGCCUCGCAAUUAGGGGGGCCUCAAAUUCCUCUGUGUCUAAUUCUUCUUCCAUUUUACCUGUCGAUCCAAAUGAUAAUACUGAAACUAUCAUUUUUUAUUCUGACAAUGACAACGGAUCUAAAGAACAGAGUACAGAUCCACCAUUGGAACCACACGUUUUGGAAAUCGGUCCAUCUACAUCUAAUACUCCCAACUAUAUUGAAUCAAAUUAUACUGAUGAUCGGAUAAAUGAUAAUGUACAAAGUGCUAUUCCUCAUAUUUCUGAUAGUCAAUUAAAUGAACCAAGUUCAGAUCCAGCUUUAUGGGAGCUUUUUCGAGGAAGUCGAAACGCAUUACAGGAAUACUGGAUUAAAAAUGGAUUUACAAAAUGCCAAAAUUUCGAUAUACAUGCGGAUUAUAAGGCGUCAGUUCGAAACUAUGAAAGUAUUGAAGGAAACAAAAAAAUCAAUCGACCCAGAAAAUUACAAAAUUCCUAUUUUUACCGGGAACUUCAAAAUGGAGAAAAGGUUAAACGCGAGUGGGUUUUAUAUUCGCCGUCUCAAGGCAAAAUUUUUUGCUUUCCUUGUAAAUUGUUCAAUGAGUCGGAUACUUCAUUUACAACUGGCUUUAAUGAUUGGAAACAUGGAUUAAAAUCCAUUUCAGAUCAUGAAAAUAGCUCUGAGCAUAAAACAAAUUUAUAUACUUAUAUCAGGCGCACAAAAGUAGUCGGAAGAAUAGAUACUGAACUACAACUUCAACUUAACGAAGAACGUAAUUACUGGAUCGAAGUAUUUCGAAGAAUAGUUGCUGUAAUAAAAUUUCUAGCAUCAAGAGGUUUGCCUUUUAGAGGUAGCAAUGAAAUUUUCGGUUCUAACAGAAAUGGUAAUUACUUAGGAAUGUUAGAACUAAUAAGCGAAUUUGAUCCAUUUUUGCGCGAACAUAUAAAAAAGUUUGGAAAUAGUGGACGAGGAAAAACUUCUUUUCUUUCCUCAACAAUAUGUGAAAAAUUAAUCGAGAUUAUGGGGAAAAAAGUAUUUAUGGGAAUUAUAGCCGAGAUACGACAAGCGAAAUAUUAUUCUAUUUCAAUAGAUUCAACGCCUGAUGUAAGUCAUGUAGAUCAGUUGACUUUCAUUAUCCGAUAUUGUAAAAACGGUAAAUCAGUUGAACGAUUCUUAAAGUUUAUACCGAUUUAUGGGCACGACGCAGAGAAUCUGUGUGAAGUUGUCAUCAAGUUUCUAAAUGAAAAUGAUAUAUCCAUUUCAAAUUGCCGAGGCCAGUCGUAUGAUAAUGCCGCAAAUAUGGCUAGACGAUAUAAUGGAUUGCAGGCCAGAAUUAAUGACAUUAAUUCUUUAGCAUUUUUUAUUCCCUGUAGUGCACAUUCUCUAAAUCUUGUUGGCGUUCAGGCCGCAGAAUCAACAGAAGAAGUUUGUAAAUAUUUUGAUUUCGUUCAAAACCUAUAUACUUUCUUUUCUGCGUCAACGCACCGAUGGGCUGUAUUAAUAAGAGCAUUAGCUACUUUAGGUCCAAGACAAAAAGUAGUUAAAAAUUUGUCUGAUACGCGCUGGUCAGCUCGUGCUGAUGCUGUUUUCGCAUUAAAUAAUGGAUAUAAACCUAUCAGCUUUAGAAACACUCAUUACUGCUGA